UAAUUUUACCUGGAUGUAAUUUUUACCUGUAAUGUAAUUUGUAUAGCUUCAUGUAAAGGUCAUAUCGUUGCAAACGGUUGGCGUCCUCUAGUGGUGAUUUAAAAAAAAAGUACAUCUCCUUGCCUGGCGGUGUGUGUUCUUCAUCAAAAUGGCACUUCAAAUAUUGUCCAGACUCUCAGAGUUAGUACCAGUGAGAGCGAAGUGUUAUACGACGACCUUCCGGCUGAACUCCAGCGGCGGGCUCAAGGUGGAACACGACCGACAGAAUCGGCGCUUCACCGUUUCUCCGAGAAGCGGGACAGGAGCCAAAGAGACAGCAACACUCCUCUACAAGUUCACAGCGCCAAACCAGGUGGAGCUCCUGUCCACCUUUGUCCCCGAGUCUUUCAGGGGUCAAGGUGUGGCCGCUCUGCUGUCAAAGGCUGCCUUUGACUUCCUGCUUGAGGAGAAGCUGAAGGCUCGAGUGUCCUGCUGGUACAUAAAGAAAUACAUUGAGGCAAACCCUCGUCAGGAUUACAAAGAUGUUGUCAUCAGCUGACACCAUGCUCAGGUUUAUCCUGGCUGAAGCCACCUCAGUCUACACACACAUUGUGCACAUUUGCUGUUCAUCAACACACACACACACACACACACGCACAGCACAGACAAUAUGCUGAAUAUUGCUGAAUAAUGACUGAUGGAUUUAAUUUGCACAAUCAAAUCAAGGUGUUGUAAGGACAUGUGUAAUACAGAAUAUGAGCAGAGAAACAUGUCAAGUGAGUUUUGUAUUUGUUGCCUUUUUGCAAUGCUUCUCUUUUUCUCACAAAAAAGUCUGUCAGUUUAAAAAGCAAUAAACUUAUGAAUUGAUGAUAAUCACAUUCAUGCUAAGCAUGCUUAUCUGCUUUUGGUAAACGCAAGUUGACGUCGUUAGUGGCCUCACAUGAAGAUGGAAUAUUUACACCUUUGCUCCAAUGCUUGGUUCAAAUGACAAAUGCGUCUUGUUGGAGGACGAGGAUUCUUUAAAGGGGACCUAUUAUGCUUUUACUCUUUUCUGACUUACAGUUUUUACAAUGUUGUAUUCUCAUGUUAAACGAUGCCAAUGCGUCAGAUAAUGAGGUUUGCUCGUUUGGAAGUGAGCCCUGAAAGCAGUUUUGGACGGCUCUGCGCGCUGUUUACAAAGUUUUUUUUUAAACACCAAGUUCCAUUGAUGUCAAUGCAACCUGGAAUUCCUUAUAUUGGUAUGACUGAUCUAGUGUAAUGUAUACUAUGUGCUGGAUAAAGAUGUCCAUGAGGCAGAUGUUUUUGAAUUUAGACUUUAUUUUAUUAGGGUAACAUUACGAAUCAAAAGAAGUACAUUUAAAGUCACCGUGUGUGGAAUUGUAGCAUUUGUUACAUGAUUCCUGUCAGCUGACGUGAAGUCCCUUCCUGAUUCGCUGUCGCCGCUGUGCGGCACAAUGAAAUCCCAGCCGGUGCAAACAAUCAUUGGCUCCUGAUGUGGUUGGCGGCUGACGACGAUGACUCAAGCGGUACAUUUAAAAUAAAAUAAAUACAAAUAAAAUAACUGCGGUAAAAUGCACACAACUUUCACAAUUGCCACCCAUUGUAUUUUAAGCCACUAUGUUGAGUAGGUUCUGUGGAAAAGUUACUUGCCAUGAACUCCGUUGCGGAAAUGUGCUUUCCCCCUGCCCCCUCAUUUUCUUGUUUGUUAAUUAAUUAUUGCGUGACUAAGUGGCUAGUGUUGUCAUUGGAUUAAGUUUUUGUUGUGUUACCUUGAUUUCGGCUGUAAUGUUUUCGAUAGUCUUUGUUAUUGAAUUUUGAGGAUGAAACACAUCCAAAAGUGGAUCCACUGUCAUGUUGUACCGCAUCCAUGGUUGUGUCCAUUUUGCAAGUUAAGUUAAUGGGGCCGCACGGUGGUCGAGUGGUUAGCAUGUUGGCCAACACAGAGAUCGGGAAGACCUGCGUUCGAUUCUCCUUUGGGCAUUUCUGUGUGGAGUUUGCAUGUUCUCCCCGUGUGCGCGUGGGUUUUCUCCGGGUACUCCGGCUUCCUCCCACAUUCCAAAACAACAUGCAUGUUAGGUUAAUUGGCGACUCUAAAUUGUCCAUAGGUAUGAAUGUGAGUGUGAAUGGUUGUUUGUCUAUAUGUGCCCUGCCAUUGGCUGGCGACCAGUCCAGGGUGUACCCCGCCUGUCGCCCAAAGUCAGCUGGGAUAGGCUCCAGCAUGCCCCCGCGACCCUAAUGAGGAGAAGCGGUAUAGAAAAUGGAUGGAUGGAGUUAAUGUAAUGUCUCAUUAAUGUAACUUUAGUGAUGCCUAGUGACCAGAGUUCUACAGUACAUAUGACUUGUCUUUCAAUAUUUGACUCAUAAUAGGCCAUAGACAACCAAAACCGACGAGAAUUAAAUUUUUGAAAAACCGCAAUGGAGUGAGGGAGCGUUGUUUGUACUGCGAUGCGAGGGAUGACUGUUGCAGACUACAGUGGUUCACAGCAGAUGUCCGCUUGAUGGCCGCCAUGGACGACUACUCCCCACUGUCUUUGUUCUGCUAAAAGACAAAUGUUAGUCAGCGUGAUGCUAACCUGCGUAUUUCUAAAACAUGCGUGUACAUUGCAACCGUCGCACCUUGGCCAUGUCGCGACUCCUGACUUUCAUCUUGUUCACCUGGGACUCGGCGAUGUCAGCUCGCUCCUCAGCCUCCUCCAGCUCAUGCUGCACCUUCCUGAGUUUGGUCAGGUGGAUGUUUGCUUGCUCCUCCUGUAUCACAUUGAGCCACUCAAGACCAGCGCCAUGAAGAUAAGAAGUUGGAUGGCCAAAGGCGUUGCACUCACGGCUUCUUCAGCCUGCCGCUUGUACGCUUUGACCUUCAGCUGGAGUUUGUCCACCAGCUCCUGCAGCCUCAUGGCGGUCUUCUUGUCCUCGUCUGACUGCACGGAGGAGCAACCACCUUUGUCAGUUUGCUGAGAAGAAAGAAAUGGCGUAUGUUGUUACCUGAUAAGUGAGUUCCUUAAUCUUGCGUUCCAGCUUGCGUGAUCCUUUCACGGUGUCAGACCCGCGUCUUUGCUCUGCCUCCAGCUCGUUUUCCAGCUCCCUCACCUGCAAACAAGAUGUAUUCAUGUAACACUUUUCCUCUUUUCAGCAGCUCAGGUCAGUCCCUAGUUCACCCUCGCUUCAAGUUUUUGGAGCUGCUUCUUUCCACCCUUCAUGGCGAGGCUCUCUGCCUCAUCCAGACGCUGCUGCAUGUCCUUGACGGUGGUCUCCAGGUUCUUCUUCAUUCUCUCCAGGUGAGCACUGGUGUCCUGCUCCUUUUUCAGCUCCUCCGCCAUCAUGGCGGCCUGCAUGUUACAGUCACGCUUGUUACAUCGCUGCCUUCAGAGGGAACGUUGAGGAUGAACAUACGUCAGUGAUCGCUUUCUU